AUGGUCGUGGUCGUCAUCGCUGGAUUAGCGUUGGUGGUCGGCAUCGCGGACCCACGACUCUUCGCAAGAACGCAGUUUCAGAGGGAGCACGGCUUGGAGAAGAGCAGCGUGUUCACUGACUGGAGGGAGGCGGCGGAGCUGAAGAGAUUUGCCGACGCCGUUUUCAUCUGCACGCCGGAUCGCCUGCACAAGGACCCGGCCGUCGCCUUCGCAGCCAAGGGCUACCACGUGCUGCUGGAGAAGCCCAUGGCGGUGAGCGAGGGUGACUGCGAGGCGAUCGUGGCGGCGUGCCGGCGCGCGGACGUCAUGCUCUCCGUGUGCCACGUGCUGCGCUACUACCCUCCCGUGCAGAAAGUCAAGGAGUUGUUGGAUAAAGGAGUCAUAGGCGACGUGGUGCACAUUCAGCACCUGGAGCCCGUCGGCCACUUCCACUUUGCUCACUCGUUUGUGCGCGGCAACUGGAGGAGGGAGGACGAGAGCUCCUUCUCGCUCCUCGCCAAGUCCUGCCACGACCUGGACCUCGUCCUCUACUGGCUCGGGGGGAAGAGGUGCCUCAAGGUGUCGUCGUUCGGCGCCCUCUGCCACUUCACCAAGGAGCACCAGCCACCAGGGGCGUCGUCCCGCUGCGUCGACUGCGCCCUGAGCGACGGCUGCGCGUACUCGGCCACCAAGUAUUUGGCCAUGGCCAUGGGGGGCCGCGUGGGGUGGCCCCUGGACGUGGUCUGCCCGGACGGCGAGGCCAGCGUGGGGGCGGUGCGGGACGCCCUGUGCUCGGGCCCCUACGGACGCUGCGUCUACGAGAGCGACAACGACGUCGCCACCAACCAGGUGGUGACCAUGGAAUUCGAGGGCGGCACCACCGCCAGCUUCUCCAUGGUGGCGUUCACGGAGAAGUUGUGUGUGAGGAAGACCACCGUCUACGGCACCAAGGGGGAGCUGCACUGCGAGGGUGGGGGCCCCGUGAGGGUCUACGACUUCCUCUCGGAGUCGUCCGCUCACCACCCCGCGGCGAGCGCCGCCGCCUCCACGAGGCUGUGCGGACACGGCGGAGCCGACUUCUUCCUCGUCGACGCCUUCAUCUCCGCCGUGGCCAAGAAGGAGCCGUCGCUCAUCCUGACGGGGCCCGGGGAGACGCUGAAGAGCCACCUGCUGGUGUUUGCGGCGGAGCGAGCGCGGCGUGAAAACCGCGUCGUCACCCUGUGAGGGCUCGCUCGCCCGCUCGACCGCCCGCUCGACCGCCCGCUCGCCCAUGCGCCCGCUCGACCGCCCGCUCCUCCCGUGCCAGCGCCACUGAUGGAGCCGUCUCCCUGUCACUCUAUAAACUCCAAAAUUUUUUUUAUUUUACCAGGUAAGGCCCACGAGCUGUUUUUCAGAAGCCACCUGGCCGUCCAAAACGCGAGCUCAACGAAGUGGCUUAUCGUCACGUGGACAUUUGAUCGUAGCCGAAUACUCUAAGCGCGUGACUGUCGAUUCGUUAAUGUCGAGGGAAAUAAACCGGAGGACCCGGAGAAAAAUCCACGCGACCACGGGGAGAGACAAAGACAUGGGAACUCCAAAUAUACAGCAGGCGUCAGGGUCGCGAUCGAACCUACGACAUCCUGUACGCCAGGCGAGGUAGUGAGCAUCUCGCCGCCAUGAUGCCUCCUCACCGCCGGCAGGCUCAACGCGGACUCGCAGCGCAAUCGCCGCUCCACUUCAGGGAGCUGUGGGGAAUUUUUGAUUGCGACGCUCGCGACUCUUCCGAGAUCGACCGAGCGCCGGCUACAGGGUACGACCGAGGUGGGGAAUCUUGUCCUUACUGAGGGCCGAACAGGACGUUUAAACACCGGUGGCUCGGAGAUGUUAACUAUCUCGCCUAGUCUGCAGCAAGUCCUGGGUUCGAUCCCGACCCUGACGCCUGCUGUCGAUUUGGAGUAAGCGUGUUUCUCUCCCUGUGGUCUCGUGGAUUUAUCUCCGCGUCCUCCGGUUUUUACCUCCACAUUUAUAAACAUGCAUUGAGAGUAUUUGUGCUGCAAUACAUUUCCACAUGGUAAGCCACUUCAUUGGGCUAUCAUUUGUGAUAGGUCACUUCUGAAAAGAGCCGUACAGCUCAGUGGGCCUUACCUGGUAAAAUAAAAAUAAAGUUUUUUUUACACGAAUACACUCGCACAGCUCGACCACCGCCGUCCCUGCAAGAGGCGCUUGCAGCGAGAGCAGUGGCUCAGCGCCCUCGCCUUACAAGGGCAGCACUGUUGCCAGAAUUGGAAAUACUCUCCUUCCUUUUCUUCUUCUUCCUCUGCUUCUUCCUCUUAUUCCUUCUGCUUCUUUCUUCUCCUCGUGCGGCUGCUGAUGUAGCUGCGGAGGCAACGACGACAAUUUCACAUCCAGGUGCUCAAGCCAGAUAACCGCGUCAGGAGCCGCGGCGGGAGUGUCACCGCUGUGACGAUGUCUCCUCCUCCUUCGUAUUUGUCGAUCGGGCAAAUUAUCUUCUUCCAGUACCCAACUAGUGCAGCUGAGACGCGUCGACGCGGUCGGCCUCGUGUGGCCGCGCGCCGCGUGGAGCGAGGUGGUUUGGAUCCACUCCACAGCCAGCCCUGCGGCACCAAGCGAGGUCAACAUUCUGGGGUGAUUCUCGUUUCUCUCGGCAAAUCCUCGCAGAGCCAGUGGAGGACGUGGUAAGGGCCUGUCUGUUGAUGGUGUCGAUCACUUUUGACUUUCCAAAGGAGAUGUACUCGCUUAUGGAAGUGUCUCUUUAAAGAAUCUUCACUGCCACUUUCUUGCUUCUGAAAGUGCUUUGCUGUGCAUCGACAGGGUGGUCCAGAUGCCUUGUGACCCCAAAUUAAUUGAGCCAUUUUUUGCCUUCGCAUAUUAAUUUCUAUAUUUCUGUUUUAAAUAAACCUUACUUUAAAAACAUUAAGUUUUAGAGAAUUGGAUUGGGGGGGGGUGUCACAAUACAUCUGGACCACGCUGUCGAUAAUCACUUGGCGUUCGACCAGGGAGAUGCUUUUGUUGUGGUGUUCAGAAUCGAUGGGUUCAGAUCAAGUCAAAGUAUCUAUGGGGCCGUCCGUAAAUGACCUC